CUUUUCGGUGAAACCAAAGAAAACCCAGAAAGGAGCUUUAAGAUAAGGAGCUCCCUUUGAAGUUUGUCGAGGUCGACGAGGAACAGUCUAGACUUGUCUUCAGGCCAUGGCUGACAGCCAAGCGCAGCUCGGAAUCGGAUCGAUUGUGCUUGUACCUGUUCAGAGCCUGAAACCAUACGGUGCAUUCAUCGACAUCGGCGGAAUUAACGGCCUUCUUCAUGUCAGUCAAAUCAGUCAUGAUCGUGUUUCGGUUAUUGCUACCGUUCUUCAACCCGGUGACGCUCUAAAGGUCAUGAUACUGAGCCAUGACUGCGAAAGGGGACGAGUAAGUCUUUCAACGAAGAAACUCGAGCUUACCCUGGGAGACAUGAUUCGCAAUCCAACUCUUGUUUUCGAGAAGGCUGAAGAGAUGGCUCAGACGUUCAGGCAGAGAAUCGCCCAAGCAGAGGCUAUGGCUCGAGCAGACAUGCUGAGAUUCCAACCCGAGAGUGGGUUAACUCUGAGCUCGGAUGGGAUAUUAGGUCCCCUUACCUCAGACCUGCCAGCAGAAGGUUUAGACCUAAGUGAUGUUGCUGCAGCAGAUGAAGAUUCUUGAUUUAUUUGGAUUUGCUUUGUCAAAG